CCUGUCUGUGUGACUCCUGUGCGCAGCUGCAGGAAGCGUGUAUGCGGAAGCGGUGUCUGAGCAGAAACGUGGAUCGCUUUUAAAGUUAUUACAGCUUCAUCAGCGGUUUGAUGCCAUGAAGAUAAACGAGAACACUUUACUGGAGGGACACAGAGUCGUGCUGGUUCCUUACAACGUAAACCACGUGCCCAGGUAUCAUGAGUGGAUGAAGUCUCCGGAGCUGCAGCAGCUGACCGCUUCAGAGCCGCUGACCCUGGAUCAGGAGUACGACAUGCAGAAGAGCUGGAGGGAAGAUGACGACAAGUGCACGUUCAUAAUUUUGGACAAGCAGCGGUGGGCUGACCCCAGUGUGGAGGAGGAGCAGUGCAUGGUGGGAGAUGUCAACAUCUUCCUGACUGAUCCAACAGACCCUUCGCUGGCUGAGCUGGAGAUCAUGAUAGCAGAGCCCAGUUACAGAGGCAAGGGCAUCGGAAAGGAGGUGACACGUAUGAUGAUGUGCUAUGGAGUCACCAAACUCGGAGUCAGAAAGUUCCAAGCAAAGAUCGGGCUGGAGAACCAGGUCAGCAUCACCAUGUUCAAGAAGCUCCACUUCCAAGAGGUGUCGCAGUGUGCAGUGUUUAAAGAGGUGACACUCGAGCUGACGGUAGAUGAGUCCGUUCGGACGAAGCUGCUGGACGAUGCAGCUCACGUGAAGGAACGAGAUUACAGACAGACCUGCAGCAGCGGACCUGAACUGCUCUCACAGUGAGGUUCUAUACUGAGCUUCUCACUCACCUUCUAAAGACUUCAGCUUGUGAAGCAGGAUGAUGUGACAGGAUGACAUGUGAAUCUGAAAACUUGCAACAGAAUUCUGUAUUCGAGUCACAAGAAAUGUUAUUUUCUGUCACAUAGUGGCAAAAAAUUCUGAUUAUAAGACAAACAGAGGCAGACAAGGACAAAGCCAUACCUCAUUAUACAAUUUUAAAUAAGGAAAUCCAGAUUCACAAUAGAGUUGAAUGGGUUCUUCCUUUUUGGAUACGCUUCACCAGGUUUGUGCAAUUCGUCUUGGUGGUUUUGGUGUGAUCUUGCUGGAUGUUGGACUUUGCGGAGGAAAAAACCUGCAAAUUGUAACCUGAACACUGUUGAAAAACAAAUGCAUAGGUGUGAAUAUGACAUCAAACUUUCAUCCUCACGUAUCAAAUCGUGUACUGUAGUCGAGACAUUGAUUUAACCGUUGUCAUCUCCGACCCGAGGAGUAAAAUGAAAUGAAAGAUGCUGUGGCUGAUGUUUUUAGUGGAGCUGGUUCACUUUAUAUUGAUUGCGUACCACCUUAGCAAACUAGAAAUCACUUGCCAAUGCAAAGAUUUGUGCUUCUCUAUCUAUAAACCAAGUUAAUAUCUUUGGUGUCCUUUGUUUGGAGAAGCUUUACACUUAAAAUUGAAAGGUGAUGUUUUUAUGUUUGGUUCAGUAUUUCUAUUGACCAGUUCUGACUUUUUGAAACUAAACUUCAAAUUGGACCAAACUGAUGGUUUUAGUCACCAGCUUUCAGCAGCAUUAGGCGCUACUUCUUUUUAAUUAUUCACUCUGUCCCCAGAAUGAAAUUAAGAGCUUUUUUCCACUUACUGAUGCACAGCCAUUAAAAACCACAGCCUAAUGUGUUAUUUACACAUCUCUUAUACAUUAAAGUCUCAUAUUCCUCUUAAUGUCACAUAUUUUUCUCAAUUUUGUUGCUGAAAACUGGUUGGUGUCAAACAUUAAAUGCCAGCUGCGGGAGCUUUAUUGCCAUGUUUAUUUUCAUACUUCAUACUCCUAAAUCUCACUGUCCUCCUAUUCAGUCAACAAUGGACAUUCAUGAGGUCUUGAGAUUCAGGAAAAAGGACUAGAUGUUACAGUCCCUGAUGCAUUGCUUUAGAUGGAGAGACUCUUGAGGGAUGGCUGUCAUGAGGAAAGGCAGCCCAGAAACUUUACCAGCAGUACACAUCGUUCUGUGCCUCAACUUUCGGUCUUACCCAGGCUAAUCUGCCAUUUUCCUUCCUUGGUUAGGUUUAGGGAUUAAAGAUCUGAUCUAGAUUAUCAUUUUAAAGUUUAGGACACAUCGUCAGUAGUGGACCUUGGAUUCAUCGGGUGUUUCGGCCAUUAUCACUAGACCCCCUCAUAUAAGGAGGCCCUGCCAGGGUUGAUCAGGCCCUAGAGCGUGUCACUGGUUUAUGUUAAACUGUUAUUUUUCUUCUCCUUUCUUCUGUUUAGUUUCCUACAGUUUAUUUUCUAUCUAUUCACUGCAACUGAGAAAUAAUACUUACCUCUUUAGCAUUUAUGGAGCCUAAAUUCUUCAAAGGGGUAGAAAUGAUGAUAGAGAGAAGUAACACAAAAGGGACAAGAUAGGAGAGAGCAGAGAGGAGAGCCGGAAGGGGGGCGCCCAAUCUGGCUUCCCAGACCUCCCCGCCGGAUCGGGCUGUACGCUCCACCUCCCCACUGCCUCCCAGAAAAGGGGAGAAGGGCAGAAUAUAAGAUCGUAACUAACAAACUAAUUAAAAUUUUCCUCUUCUCCUCAUCAACUUCAGUUAAGUCGUAUCAUUACUGUGUGAUAUUAGCACAAGUGUGAUACAAGCUAAUGCUAGUCUACACCUUAAGGGAGUUCUGCAGUUAGGUCCAUAAGUUUUUGGACAUGUCAUAUUUGUGAUUUUUGUCCCUGUACACAACCACAGUGGAUUUCAUAUCAAAGAGCAGAGAUGUGAUUGAAAUGCACGCUUUCAUCUGCAUCCACCUUCAGUUUCUGCUUCUUUGUGGGUCUUUCGGCCUUCAGUAACUGAAAACCAUGCUACACUGGGUUCAGAUCAUGUGACUGACUGGGCUAUUGAAGAAUACAAUCCAGAUGAUUCUUAAACUGUCAGGAUUUCCUUUUUUAUAAAGACAUCUGUUGAUUGCUGACCUGUGAAAGGUUUUUUCCCCAUCAAGUUUAAGACUUGAAAUCAACUCCAGAUGAACUCCAGAUUUAUCUGCCUAAUUUGUCAUUAAAUAAUGAUGGAACAGGCCUCAUGGAGCUGUAAAAUGGAUUACUUCUGAGCCCUUAAAAUAGGGAAAAGAUAUAUAGAAAUUCCAAAACAGGUGAUAUAAUGUACUUUUUUUUCUCAAAAUUACCCUCAAAAAAAGUAAUUCUCCCAAAAACAUGGACCUAACGAAAAGCAGAUUGCAGUGUGGCUGCUUGAAUGAUUGUUCAAGACUGAAAUGAUUUCUUUCAGUCUUGUUUUGUUAGACUUGAACUGAGAGGUACUUUUUUUUUUUGAAGAAUUGCUACAUUAACUUCAGUUGUGACACCAAACCUUUAAUUGAAUUUCCUUCCAACCCUAUUUUGGAAAAUCAGAUUUAGGAAACACGAACCGCCACUAAAGGCACUUUCCACCCAUUUUCUUUCUUUUUUUAAAAAACUUAUUUGUUGUGGUUUCCCAGACUUCAUUCACACAAAAUGGUCGUAUUAGACAAAAAGCUAAUGGAUGGCAGCGGCAGCUAAAACGGAACGCUUUGUUGGUCAUAUUAGGUGGUUUAUAGUCUCAGGUUUCAAUUGUCCAAGGAGUGCAUUCUGAGUAAUGUUUGUGGUAUUGUUUGCAAUUUCUAGCUCGUUUAGUUUAGUUUUAGUCUAGUUUUGGAGAAUGGCUCUAACAGCACAGAGUCCUCUGAGGUGUCUUAGUGCAGCUGUAAAAGUGGAUCAAGAUGUUUUCUUAAACACUAACAAUGAUCAUCAAUGGUAACUUGAAUAUGAGCAUUAUAGUUCUUUUUUGACCUUCUAAGCUGCAUUUCACCACCAAGCCCAUCCUGGUGCUUUAACAUAUAACAUACCAAAUAAUCACAUGAGCUCCACCUGUUUGUCACAUUGAUGUAAUAAAGUCAGAAGCUCCAGAGAAGCUACAUUCAGGCUCAUUACACACUGAUUCUCUAUUACUUUCUCCAUCACCUGAGUACUUUAUGUUUCACAACAUUUUACAACAACGUUAAACAUUUCACCAAACUGCAAAACCCAGGAAGCCAACUAUCCAACUUGUUGGGGUUAUAACUAAAGAAACGUGUCAGCGUUUACAUAAAUGACCAGGAUGUUGACCAUUUCUUCUAUUCCAUAUUGCACCAGCUCAACACUAUUUUGAAUGCUAUGCUAAAGCUGAAAUACGUCGAAUUAGCAGAGGAGAGAUGGAACUUAAAAAAAAAUGAAUAGUACAAGUCCUGCCUUUAUUUAUUGUCUGCAGCUAAUGUCAUGAAAUGGCAGUGCAGAGACUGAACACUAUAUUUUACAUUAACAAAGACAAAACUAGACCUGAACCUAUUGACGGCAUUUUCUUGUCACCAAGGUGUUAUUCUGUCACAAACAAUAUAUGAGCCAAAUAUGUUUUGCAGCACAUUUAAUUAUGCCGACAGGAAAAUUACACAAAAAAACAGAUUUUUUUUUUUAAAAGGCUUUUUAUUUACACUGCUAAUUCAAUAUGCACAUUGAACUAGCAGUCUUGGGGGUUAGAAAGACAUAGAUAGACAUGCCACGCUUUUAAAAACAGCACACCACUCUUUCAAUAAAGUGAAAAUGAAUGAAAUUCACAACUAAAGAUGUUUGAAACAGAAUAUCUGAAUGAGUUUUAUUUGUCCUUCACCGCUGCAUCUGAAUUAAACAUUCAUUUAUUGCGACAGUAGCAAAGCUUGUUUAUUGGUAGUCCAGUUUAAAGACAAAUUUACAGUUUGUACAUUGUUACUGAAAAAUUAGGUCUGCGAUAAAUACUCACAGUUGGGAAGCAGGAAAAAUCUAUGAAAUGAUACAAUCUGUGCAGGAUUUAUGAAAAAAAAGAGUUAUCAAGUUUAAAAUGACCUGUUGUAUUAGAAUCAUCAGCAUUGGCUGAGCUUUAAUUUAUAUCAGAACUGAAAUUAUUUAGUAUUUCUAAAUUUGCACAUUGAGCUUUCAAGGUAAACGUUUGUUUUCUGAUUUGCUGUUUUUUUUUUUAUUAUAAACGCACAUAAAGGAAACAGAGCUUUAUAGUGAAAUGGAAGACAUCGAAUUCAAUCUUGGAAGAUGGUUGUUGGGCCACUGGAUGGAGGCCAUCCUUUCCUAUUGAUAAAGAUCUCUUCCUAUGACAUUCAUACACCAUCAAAGUAAUGAAUUACACUUUAUUUAUUUGUGCAGACAGAUUUCUUGCACGUACUACAGCAGCAUUUAUUUAUUAUGCAGAAAAACCGAGAUGUGCUGUUGAAAUUGCCCUUUUCUUUUAUUAAACGGGAUUCGAUUUGUGGUUAAGCAACUUUACACCGUCAGAAAGGGGAUUUUUGCUCUUGUUAAAGAUCUGGAAGCAGGAAACAGGAUGUACUAAACAAGAGAUUUUGCUCUCUGCUGGAUAAUACCGACACUUUUUCUUAAUUACCUCUGAUAUCUUUGGUAUUCGUGUGACUGAAAAUGUUUUGCCGGCUGAGGAUAUAAGCUGUGACAACAUAAAAUCCACUUCUAUCAUUUGGACUCCAAAGUGCAAAAUUAAGGAGGGUUGACUAUAUGGCUGGAAAGGCUUUGUAUUGACACAGCUUUUACUGCACAUGCUCAGACU